UUUAGAAUUGGGAACAAACAAAACCCUCGUCUUCUCCAAAACCCUAAAUCCUGAAAGCAGACACCUUGAAACGCUGUUCGUGUCUGUGGUCGCGUUUUCGCUGCGAUGUUGGAAAUCAAAACCGCGAAGACCCGCAAGGGUAAGCGUGAGCUCGAGAAGCGUGCCCCCAAGCUCGUGGAAUCGGGGAAGAAGACGCUGAUCCUGCACGGAACAAAGACCAGCGCCGUGCUUAACGCCGUUCUCGCGCAGCUUUAUCAUCUCAAGAAGAACAACGCCGUCAAGUUCAGCCGUAAGAACGAGAACGUUAAGCCCUUCGAAGCCGGCGGCGAGACUUCUCUCGAGUUUUUCUCUCUCAAAACCGAUUGCAGCAUCUUUGUGUAUGGAUCUCAUUCAAAGAAGCGACCUGAUAACCUUGUUCUAGGGAGAACUUAUGACCAUCAUAUCUAUGAUUUAGUGGAGGUUGGUGUUGAAAAUUUUAAACCCAUGGAAUCUUUUAGUUAUGAUAAGAAGUUGGCUCCAAAGGAAGGGUCGAAGCCUUUUAUUGUUUUUAUUGGAGAAGGAUUUGAGGCUGUGGAAGAGCUAAAGCAUUUGAAGGAAGUUUUGCUUGAUCUUCUUCGUGGUGAGGUUGUGGAGAAUUUAAAUCUUGCUGGAGUAGACCGUGCAUAUGUAUGUGCUGCGAUCUCUCCAAAUCGGGUGCUUUUUACUCACUGUGCAUUGCGGCUGAAAAAGUCAGGCACUAUCGUGCCGAGGAUGGAAUUGGUGGAAGUUGGGCCUUCGAUGGAUUUUGUUGUUCGUCGGCAUCGUCCUCCUAAUGAAAGUUUGAGGAAGGAAGCAAUGAAAACAUCGAGGGAGAAGCCAAAGAAAAAGGAGAAGAAUGUUAAAAAGGACGAAUUACAGGGAAAGAUUGGAAAUAUUUAUAUUCCAGAUCAGAAGAUUGGAGAAAUGGCUUUACCUAACAAAUCAAAAGGAGUGAAGAGGGAGCGCAGAGAAGCCAAGCGGAAAAAUGGUAGUGAUGAAAAUGCUUCAAAACGGAAGAAGACUCUUAAUACUUUAUAAAUUACACCUGUUGUCUUUCCCUGGCUUCUGAUUAUGAAGUGAUCCUUUGUAGAUCAAAUUAUAUUAAACUGCAUGUUGUUUAGGUGUCAUGAAUAUUGUUGAUUUCCCCUAUAUAUGGAAUGGGGGGUUUUGUCAUCAUUUUAUUUUCAGUAUAAUUUUUUCCUCCAUAUUUUGCCAAAUUGAAAUGCAGUUCUUUACCUUUUAGUUUUAAAUCAUGAGUCGUUGCUUCUACCGACGGUAUAUUAGUUUUAUGUUCAAAAUUCAAUGGAAGUCUAUUAUUUCUGUU